AUUCGCCAGCAACAGAUGCCGGGCGCCCAGAUUGGCAUCCUUAGUCCCCGCUGAGCGCCCGAAGAAGAGGGCAGGAACCAGAGAAGGGCCUGGAAGGCGGGGACGGGAGUGCAGAGACCACCCCUCCCCAACCCCAAAAGGCAGAAGCCCCCGCCCCCCACCGGAGAGCUCCGCGCCCGCCAAGCGCCUGCCUGCUGCCGCUGCCGCUGCCGCUGCCGCUGCCGCUGCCUCGGGCGCCCACCUCUCCCCAGUCAUGCCCGGCCCGGCCGCCGACGGGAGGCAGGUCCCCUUCCGCAACGCCAAGGAGGAGAUCCGUGCGAGGAUCGAAGUCUCGGAAGGCGGCGGCGACCCGCAGAGACUGGGCGGACGCGGGCAGCGGCAGAUCGUCGUCUGGAGAAACGUCGUCCUGAUGAGCCUGCUCCACUUGGGGGCCGUGUACUCCCUGGUCCUUAUCCCCAAAGCCAAGCUGCUCACCCUGCUCUGGGCGUACUUCUGCUUCCUCUUAUCUGCUCUGGGUGUGACAGCUGGUGCCCAUCGCUUGUGGAGCCACAGGUCCUACAAAGCCAAGCUGCCUCUGAGGAUAUUUCUGGCUGUUGCCAACUCCAUGGCUUUCCAGAAUGACAUCUUCGAGUGGUCCAGGGACCACCGAGUCCACCACAAGUACUCAGAGACCGAUGCUGACCCACACAAUGCCCGCCGGGGCUUCUUCUUCUCUCAUAUCGGGUGGCUCUUUGUUCGCAAACAUCCAGAUGUCAUUGAGAAGGGGAGAAAACUUGACCUCACUGACCUGCUGGCUGAUCCUGUGGUCCGAUUCCAGAGAAAGUACUAUAAGAUCACUGUGGUGCUCAUGUGCUUUGUGAUCCCCACGCUGGUACCCUGGUGUGCCUGGGAAGAGAGUCUGUGGAACUCCUAUUUCUUGGCCUCCAUCCUCCGCUAUACCAUCUCACUCAACAUCAGCUGGCUGGUCAACAGUGCUGCCCACAUGUAUGGAAACCGGCCCUACGACAAGCACAUCAGCCCUCGGCAGAACCCACUCGUCACCCUGGGUGCCAUUGGUGAAGGCUUCCACAAUUACCACCACACCUUUCCCUUUGACUACUCUGCGAGUGAAUUUGGCUUAAAUUUCAACCCAACCACUUGGUUCAUUGACCUCAUGUGCUGGCUGGGACUGGCCACUGACCGCAAACGAGCAACCAAGCCAAUGAUCAAGGCCCGGAAAGCCAGGACUGGAGACGGCAGCACUUGAACCUGGAACUGGCAUCCAACAUGUUUGCCAUUGAUACCUUAGUUCAUGGCUUUUGUUCCUAUAGUUCUCUUGUUCAUUGGAUGUGGGAGGGGGUAGAAGCUGGGGAGGGAAAGGAAUCUAUGUGGUUUGGGAACUUUUCCUUUGUCUCAAAAUAAUGUCAAGAUAUAACUAUUAAUGAAAAAAAGUUUUUAGCAUCAAUGUAACUAUGAUUUUAACAUUAGAGUGUGAACAUGUGAUUUAAUCGUUGUAGCUACAAUAUGUCAAACACACAUGGUCAUGUGCUUGAACUUGAUGUUAACCCUGACAGGAUGAAGGAAUUUAAUAUUCUUUCAGUGUGAUUCAGGAGAGCAUUUGCUUUCUUUUCUACCAGUUAACCCAGCACUGUUUUUAAACACAUUAUCUGAAGGUAGAAGACAAAAGAGAGGGUCUAAGUAACUAAAGAAUGUUUCUGUUUUGUAA